UUUAUAUAUACCCCCCUUGAACCGGACAUUUCUUCUUCUUCUUGGCGCUCAAUUUCUUCAUCUCUGGAUCAUCUCUCUCUCAACAAAAUCCAAGUUUCGAAGCUUUUAUUCACAUCACGAUUCACGAGAUCCAGUCAUGGCGGGUGCAGUAGCAAGGUUUGCGAAAUGGUUUGGUGCAAUAGAUGUUUGGACUCGAGUAUCGGUGAUAGGUUUACCAGUCGCAUUCGGCGUAUUACAUCAACUAGAAAAGGAAAAUGUUCGUCAAAAGAAGCUUUUUCAGGCCCAGAUUGAUGACUUAGUGGCUAAAGGAGUCAUCAGAUUCAUUGAGGAGAGUGAGUGAGUAAUCUGUAGCAGAUUUUUAAUUGGUGAUCAUGUCCAUGUUUGUCAAGUGUUAUUUUAAGCUUUCUUUUUCUUUCUUUCAAUGCGUUUCCAUGAAACUAAAUAGCUGUUUUUGUAUAUGAUAUGCUUCAAAGAGUUCUUCUAAUCGCAUUCUAUGAUGCUUAA